CAGUCAGUUUCCGGCAGACGAUCAGUUUUCGGCACGACACCUGUCUGCGGCUGCGCGAUUCUCUGAAAACAAUACGCACUUCGCCACGGAGCUUUGUGAGAGAUUGCGCUGCGUGUUCGAUACACGCUUUGAAGUUUUUAGUGUCAUAUGUAACAUAACUUCUCGCGGUCAUUUAUGUACAUUUAAUCCACAGUCAUCGAUACCAGGAAGAGAUUUUGAGAACGACGCGCUGACAGGAAACAAGCGCAGGACGAAAAGAGUUUUAAAUACUUAUAAAUUCUCUUCUUAGUGGACCAGACUGCAAGCCUUGUUGUUGUUUAUUCUGCUGCUCCGAACAGAUGAAGAAUCUUCCAGAAAUUACAAUCUUUUGAAGGCCACGGAUGAUAAAACAUGAAGUUUACUGAGAAAAGGUUAUUGAAAACGAGUUGAGUGAUUGAUUGUGCUGAUCUGUGUUCAGUGUCAGUUUAUCUGAGCGAGGAAAGGACUCUCUCUCUAAGAUGAGUCUCUCAGAGAAACACAGUGUAAGAUCAGACUCACAUGUGUCCAGCUCUGUGUCUCUGAAGAGUGACCGGUCAAAAGGUGAACCACCAGACUUCAGUGGGGAAAAACCAUCAUCUAAUAAAAGAGUAAGAUCAGACUCACAUGUGUCCAGCUCUGUGUCUCUGAAGAGUGACUGGUCAAAAGGUGAACCACCAGACUUCAGUGAGAGAAAACCAUCAUCUAAUAAAAGGCUUCAAUAUGAGACAUUAGACUCAGACGUUCAGACUCACAGGAAACACAAGAGUUUCACAGACAAGCUCCAGUGGAUCUUCCAGGAUCUUGAGAGCAAAAUAAUCACAUUUCUGAAGAAAGAGCUGGAAAAGUUUAAAAAAAUAUUACAAAAUGAGAACACAGAAUACUUUGUGAAGGACUUUAAUGAGAAUAGAUGCAGUAUCAAAGAAGCAGCUCUUGAUCUCACACUACAUUACCUGAGAGAGAUGAAGCAAGAUGAAGCUGCUGAUGCUCUAGAAGAUGAGCUGCUCGUCAUUCAUCAGCUCAAAUGUGGCCUAAAGAAGAAGUAUCAAUGUGUGUUUGAAGGAAUUGCGAAGCAAGGUGACUCCACACUUCUGAAUAACAUCUACACAGAUCUCUAUAUCACUCAGAGUGGCAGUGAACAGGUCAAUACUGAACAUGAGGUCAGACAGAUUGAAGUUGCUUCCAGGCAUCAUGAAUCUCAAGAGAUACAGGUUGAAUGCAGAAAUUUGUUUGAAGCUCCUGAACAAGAUGAGGAGAUCCGAACUGUACUGACAAAAGGAGUCGCUGGCAUCGGAAAAUCAGUCUCUGUGCAAAAGUUUGUUCUGGACUGGGCUGAAGGAAAAGAAAAUCAAGAUAUCAGCUUCAUAUUUCCUCUUCCAUUCAGAGAGAUGAACUUAAAGGAGAAAGAAAAACUAAGUUUGAUGGAUCUGAUAACUCAAUUUUUCCCAGAGACAAAAGGACUGAACCUUACAAGAAGGAAUAAUUUCAAAGUCCUGUUCAUCCUUGAUGGAUUGGACGAAUGUCGUCUUCCUCUGAAGUUUGAUUGUAAUGAGACGUGGUGUGAUGUAUCAUCACCAGCCUCUCUGGAUGUUCUCCUAACGAACCUCAUGAAGGGAAAUCUGCUUCCUUCUGCUCUCAUCUGGAUCACCACCAGACCAGCAGCUGCCAGUAAGAUUCCUCCUGACUGUAUCGACCGGCUGACAGAGAUACGAGGAUUCAAUGAUGCACAAAAGGAAGAGUACUUCAAAAAAAGAUUCACGGAUCAGAAUCAGGCCAACACAAUCAUUGAUCAUGUUAAAAAAUCAAAGAGUCUCUUUAUCAUGUGCCACAUCCCAGUCUUCUGCUGGAUUUCAGCCACUGUUCUCCAGAACAUUCUGGAGGAGAAAAGAAAUAAUGAUGUGAAAAACAAUCAGGCUGAUAAGAUCUCUAAAACACCACAGGAUUCAAAUACUGAAGACACUCCCAAGACUCUGACACAAAUGUACACACACUUUCUCCGCUUUCAGAUCCAGCAGAGCCGCCAAAAGUAUGAUGGAGAAUAUGCAGCAGAUGUUUCAUGGGAUAAAGAUGCCAUCCUUUCACUGGGAAAACUGGCACUUCAUCAGCUGGAAAUAAACAACGUGAUCUUCUAUGACACAGACCUGGAAGCCUGUGGUAUUGACGUCUAUAAGGCAUCAGUGUACUCAGGCAUGUGUACCCAGAUCUUUAAGGAGGAAACAGGGAUCACUCUUGGUACCAUGUACUGCUUUGUUCACUUGAGCAUUCAAGAGUUUAUUGCAGCCCUUUAUGCACAUCUGUUUCUAGACAUCAACAAGAAAAGUGUGUUUGAUCACGAGUCUACAGAACAGGAGAGCAAAAAUAAAAAUUUGCUCAAGACCCUUUAUGCACAUCUGUUUCUAGACAUCAACAAGAAAAAUGAAAUCAUGAUUGAUUUUCUGAAGACUGCAGUGGACAAGGCACUCGAGAGCGACAAUGGACACCUGGACCUUUUCCUUCGCUUCCUCCUCGGUCUGUCACUCCAGUCCAAUCGACGACUCUUACGGGGUCUGUUGACACAGCAAGAUGACAAUGACCAGAGCAACAAGGAAAUAGUUCAGUACAUCAAGCAGAAAUUAGAAGAUAAUCUGCCUGCAGAGAGAUCCAUCAAUCUGUUCUACUGUCUGAAUGAACUGAACGACCAAACUCUGGUGAAGGAGAUCCAGACCCACCUUAGCAAAGGAAGCCUCUCAUCUGGUGACCUUUCACCUGCCCAGUGGUCUGCUUUGGUCUUUGUGUUGUUGACAUCAGAGGAAGAGCUGGAGGAGUUUGAGCUUCAGAAAUUCAAGAAAUCAGACGAGUGUCUCAUUAGAUUAUCAGCAGUCAUCAAAACCUCCAGAAGAGCUCUGUUAGAUGAUUGUAACUUAACAGACAAAAGCUGCUCAGCUCUGGCUACAGUUCUUGGAUCAGAUACCAAUCUGAAAGAGCUGAACAUGAACAAUAAUAAUCUGCAGGAUUCAGGAGUGAAGCUGCUCUGCAUGGGACUGAAGAAUAUAAAGUGUAAAUUGGAGAUACUGAAACUCUCUAACUGCAGUGUAACAGAAGAAGGUUAUAAAGCUCUAGCUUCAGCUCUGAGAUCAAACCCUUCACACCUGAUAGAGCUGGAUCUCACAGGAAAUGAUCCUGGACAAUCAGGAGUGAAGGAGCUCGACGAUUUACUACAGGAUCCAAACUGUCAACUGAAGACACUGAGGUUUUUGAGUCCUGCUGCAGAUGAAGCCUGUCAGUAUGUGAGUGGAAUUGUGGGUAAAAACCUGUUACUCCUGAGAGAGCUGAAUCUGAGUGAACAUGAACUAGGAGACACACGAGUGAAUCAGAUCGCUGCUCUACUGCAGGAUAAACACUGUCGACUCAACACACUGACUCUGAGUAGAUGCAGGAUUACAGAGAAACAGUGUGUCAUCCUGACUUCAGCUCUGAAAUCAAACCCGUCACACCUGAGAGAGCUGAACCUGAGCGUGAAUAAUCUAGGAAACACAGGAGUGAAGCACCUAUGUGACGUACUGAAGGAUUCACACUGUAAACUGGAGAGAUUGAGUUUAAGCCUCUGUUAUAUGACAGAUGAAGGUUGUUCUGCUCUGACUUCAGCUCUGAAAUCAAACCCGUCACACCUGAGAGAGCUGAACCUGAGCUGGAAUAAUCUAGGAGACUCUGGAGUGAAAAACCUCAGUGAUCUACUGAUGAACCCACAAUUCAAGCUGGAGAAACUACAUCUGAGUUACUGCAGUAUUACAGAGGAACAGUGUGUCAUCCUGACUUCAGCUCUGAAAUCAAACCCGUCACACCUGAGAGAGCUGAACCUGAGCGGGAAUAAUCUAGGAGACUCUGGAGUGAAAAACCUCAGUGAUCUACUGAUGAACCCACAAUUCAAGCUGGAGAAACUAGAUCUGAGUUACUGCAGUAUUACAGAGAAACAGUGUGUCAUCCUGACUUCAGCUCUGAAAUCAAACCCGUCACACCUGAGAGAGAUGAACCUGAGUGGGAAUAAUCUAGGAGACUCUGGAGUGAAAAACCUCAGUGAUCUACUGAUGAACCCACAAUUCAAGCUGGAGAAACUACAUUUAAGUUCCUGUUAUAUGACAGAUGAAGGUUGUUCUGCUCUGACUUCAGCUCUGAAAUCAAACCCGUCACACCUGAGAGAGCUGAACCUGAGAGAGAAUAAACUAGGAGACUCUGGAGUGAAAAACCUCAGUGAUCUACUGAUGAACCCACAAUUCAAGCUGGAGAAACUAGAGUUAUCAUCAUCACCAAUGUUAUUGAAUCUAUAUGAAUGCAGUAUUACAGAGAAACAGUGUGUGAUCCUGACUUCAGCUCUGAAAUCAAACCCGUCACACCUGAGAGAGCUGAACCUGAGCUGGAAUAAUCUAGGAGACUCUGGAGUGAAAAACCUCAGUGAUCUACUGAUGAACCCACAAUUCAAGCUGGAGAAACUACAUCUGAGUUACUGCAGUAUUACAGAGAAACAGUGUGUCAUCCUGACUUCAGCUCUGAAAUCAAACCCGUCACACCUGAGAGAGCUGAACCUGAGCGGGAAUAAACUAGGAAACACAGGAGUGAAGCACCUAUGUGACGUACUGAAGGAUUCACACUGUAAACUGGAGAGAUUGAGUCUAUAUGUCUGUGGCAUUACAGAUGUUUCUUCUUUAACUCAGUCUUUGACUAACUCAAAAGCACUGCAGUUUUUAAAAGAUCUUGAUCUGAGAUUCAAUGAGAUAGGAGACUCAAAGCAGCGGCUCCGUGACGUGCUACGAGACUCAAACUGUGUCCUGAGAUGAAGAUCUGUGAAAUCAUCAUGAGAGGAUCAGGAAUCAUCAGGUGAUCCACAGAAGAGUCUCACUACUGUGUCUAUGAGGAGAAAUAAAUGUGUGAUUAAUGUGUAAAUGUGUUUCAUACAGAUGGAAGAGACUCUUUACAAUGUUUUCUUCCAAAAUAAGGAGCACUUUUGGAUUCAUGAAUUUUUUUUUUUCGUCUGCUUCUCAUCGAGUUGAAUUUUCACCGUCUCAUUGUGGAGUAUAUUGUUCUUGUUUGCAAGGAUUACUCGCCCCAGAGGACUUUAAACAGUUGGACUGAACUUGAAGGAUAUUGUUCUUGGACUUGUUAUUUUCCCAGUGAGACUGAUCCUAUCAUUAAUAUUUUUUACACACACACUCUCACAUUUACAUUUUUCACUUGGGAUUUCUUAAAGUUGUUUAUCUGUGUACAGAUUUGUAAAUACACUUGGGUUUAUUGAUGAAGAUUUGUCUCCUGUUUGAUAUUAUUUCUUGAACUGCUUCAGUUUCACUGUAAUUCCCUUCAUUUAGUGUAUCCUCCUGGUGUAUUAACUGGAGUGUUACAAUGUGUCUGUCUGUUGUUAAUGCACAGAUCUACAGUAUAUUGUCUUUGUUCUGUGGAUGGAGUCUCUUCUAGACAGACCAACUAAACAUUUUAUCAGUUAAACAUUUCACACAGCAUUUGUGUCUCUUUCAAUGUUAAGAACAAUUGCUUUUGUUUGAAAAGUUCACUUGCCUGUUGAUGGUAGAGAUCAUUGUCACUGGUGAUCUACUUAGGCCUUACCGAUUAAAUUAUAUCAGGAAUUAUAUCAAUCUAUAAGCAUCAAAGUUUGCCACGUGAAAUCUCUUCAUUCCAAUUAACCAAUCAUAUUUGAGGAACAAUUUAGAGUUAGUCAAGUUUAGGCUUAAAACCAGGGUUAGGUGUUUCUACAUCAGUGUUGUUCAUCUAUCAUUUCCCUCUGAUUUUAGGGGUCAGUUAUGGGUAGGUUUAGGGGUAGGGAUAGGGUCAGGACUGUUUUUGGACAGGAACGUUGUUCCAGGAUCAACAAAAGAUGCUGAUCCAGGAUCAUACAGAAUCUUUCUCGGCCAAAUCACAGUGACCUAAAUCAUUGUGUUUGGAAUGUACUUGAUUAUUUAAUGUAUUUGGAUGGAUUAAUAUUCUUACUGAUCAUGCUCACUGGAGAAGCAUUGUGGCUGUGGAAUACCCAUAAUCCCUUGUUCUGUAAUGUUUUCAUGCAAUGACAAGUUUGGUCAAAGUAAAGAUUUGUAAAUAACUGGUA